CAACUUUUUCAAUGGUGUUUCUUGGGUAUCAGACAAAUAUUUUUGGUGUAACAACAGUUCUCACAAAUAGUUUAGCUUACACUACAUCUGGUUGGUUUAAGAUUGAAAAAUGGAAAUCUCAAACUGCAGCAGUUUUGUUGCUCCUAAAGCAGGUUUUUACAUUGUGAGUGCUGGAAUAAAAAUGGUUCAGGCAAGUGCAGUUGGUUCUACCUUUACUUUAAAUGUUGCUAUUAAUGGAAAUCCAUCUACUUUACAAUACCAAAAUGGAAUACAAGACUAUCUUCAAAAUGGUAAUGUUGCACCUACUACAAAUGAUUUUUACUCAUUGGUUGUGUCUGGUUUGGUAUUAGUUAAUGCAGGUGACACCAUUGCACUUUAUAUUCAAUCUGUUGCUGAUCCAUCUUAUACAAUAAGUCAAGACAGCUUUAUGUCAAUCAUUUUCAUUAGCUCUACCAAUAAUUUAUAUUCAUCUGGAGUGCAGUUAAUGCUAGAUCCAACACUUGAUCAUUAG